CUCCGUGGGAAAGCUCCGGCAGAGGGGUCACCAGUCCAGUCUGCAGCCGACACACGGGCCACCUGCCCCGGACUAUUUACCGGACAGGCACCGCUGGAGAAACAGCUCCUGGAAGCUUUUACACUGAAACAUUUGCUGACUGAUGACUUGUUUUUUUCUGGAGGGAUCAUUAAUCUCACAUUCUGCAGGAGGAAAAACUUUUGCUUUCUGGGACGGAAACUAACCUGAAACUCGAGCGUCUCCUGGAUUAAAUAAAACCGAAAAAAAACCACUCAAUACCUCCCAUAAUAUUCCUGUAAGAGCCUCUCACUCACCAGUGCUUUUCUAAUAGUUUAAAAUAUUUUGAUUUGAUAUUUUGGUCUUUUUGUGUAUUUUUUAAAUAAACUGUAAUAAACCUCCACGCCUCCACCCGGGGAGUGACGGACAGCUCUCCCCGCCGUCCCUGCACCAUGAAGCGGCCGUGUGAGGACAGCAGCUCGGCAGAAAGCGACGUGGAGGAGACCAUCGAUGUGGGCAGUGAGAGCAUUUAUCCCGGGCACAUGAAGGCAUCGUAUACAAGAUGUGGAUCCCCGACCACGACCACUCAAGUGAUGGCGAGGAAGAAGCGCAGAGGGAUUAUCGAGAAGAGACGCAGAGACAGAAUCAACAACAGCCUGUUGGAGUUACGGAGGCUCGUCCCCACAGCGUUCGAGAAGCAGGGUUCAGCUAAACUGGAGAAGGCGGAGAUUCUGCAGAUGACUGUGGACCAUCUGAAGCUGCUGCAGGCGACGGGAGGGAAAGGUUAUUUCGACGCCCAUGCUCUGGCCCUGGACUUCCUGUCUCUGGGUUUCCGGGAGUGUGUGACGGAGGUUUCCCGCUACCUGAGCGCCGUGGAAGGCCUGGACUCCGGCGACCCGCUGCGCUCCCGCCUCCUCUCCCACCUCACCUCCUGCGCCUCGCAGCGUGACGCCGCCGCCCUCGCCUUGACCUCUCAUUCGCCACAUCACCACCAGCAGCCGCAGCCUCACCCUUCGCCUCACCCCUUCCACCCCCAUCACUGGGCUGCUGCGGCCGCUGCCAUCGCUGCGGCGGCUGCGUUUCGGCCUCUGCCGUACGGACUGAGCAGGCUCUCUGUUUCUCCAGAAGCUGGAGGAGGUGGAGCCCCCCAGAGGCUGGCGGAGUUGUCACAACGUAGCGUCGCCUCCUCCUUUUCCUCCUACGCAGACUCCACCACCUCCUCCUGUCCUUCCUCCUCCUCCUCUUCUUCCUCGUCUCUCACGCUCCCCUGCGGCCCCGCUCCUCUCUCCGGCUCCCUCCUCUCCUUCUCAGCGUCGUUUCCCAUCGCCCUCCACGGAGGUUUCCCCAUCGUUCCUCCCUCCUCCUUCAUCUCCACCACCGCCACCGCCAGCCCUCCCAUCUCCUCUGUCUCCUCCUCCUCCUCCUCGUCCUCCCAGACUCCUCACAGCAGCAGCAGUAAGCCCUACAGGCCGUGGGGGACUGAGGUCGGAGCUUUCUGACCGCUUCACUGACUUUGUUGCAGACUAACAUCUGACCUGCUGACCCGCUGACUGUUUUAACAGCCUGGAAAACACUUUUACCACCAGUGAACGAAACUAAUGAACAGUUUUACUGACUUGUUUUAACACUUGACCUCUUCUUCUAUUAACUUGUUAACCUUUGAGGUGUUUUUUUGAUUGUUUUCCAUCUGCUGAUUUCACGAAGUGACCAGUUCUGAUCCAAACUUCUGCACAGAGAACCAAAACCAAAAGUUUUUAUAUGUUGCCUUUCUCCUUUUUGUUCAUACUUACUGAACUGUGACCUCUAAAGUCUGCACAUCUAUUGAUGAGACUGCUCUGUUUAAUGUGGACUCGUGCCAGACAUCGCUGGAAAGCUAAAAUCCUUGUGAUUCAAUUGAUGGAAACCAUUUCAAGAUACAAGCACGGCAGCAGAUACAAUCAACGCCAACAACACACAAACAACCAUUUUUAAAACUGAGGCAACUUACAAAUGAGGUUAUCAUAGCUGUCCACUGAUCAGUAACAAAAACACUACAGUAAUCCAAUGAAAUUAGCCAAUUUUCCACGAUUCCUCCAUCAUAACUUCGGUAAGGAUGUAGCCAACAGCAGCCAACCAGAGCCUGUGUUGAAAGCAUGUGCCUCCUUAGAAAUCCUUUGAUAUGCUGCUUCAGUGGGUUAUUUACAGAUAAAUCAAGGAGAUCAGUGCAAAUAGAACAACGGUAAAUAUAGUAAAUGACCUAAAUAUAAAGAUAUAUAGACUAAAUAUAAGUACAGAUACCCUCAGUAUGAAUAUAUGUGGCCUAAAUAUAGAUUACCUGAAUAUAAAUAUACAUGUUUAUCUAAAUAAACAUAGUAAAUGGCCUUUUUUUGGACAACACCUAGACAUAUCAUUAGAAAACCAUAUGUGAACUACUCAGUUUAUGUGGUGUUGUUCAUUUUUAUUGAACUUGGACCAGGUUAAGGCUUCAUGCUGUGGUCUCAUUGUGGUUUAUAGUAUUAGCAAAUCCAAUUAAAAGACCCAAAACCAACAGUUAGUGUAUCUAACAAGUACUUCACAUCUUCAGUAGGAACGUGAUGAAAUGACAGACAGGAAACCGUUUGCCUGAGUCCUUUUCAGGAUUUUUAUGACAAUAACAAAAACUAGAAUUACAGCAGACUUGUCGUUUAAAACCUGCAGACUUUCCGACCGUGUGGCAAAAAAUGAUGAACCAAAAUUUGCCUCCGAGAUAAUCAGCUCACUGACGUUUAACCCAACUAACGGGAACGGACACUUUUUAAAGAGAAUCUAUUAACUGGGAAUGAAAUCGCUCUCAAACGUUACCACUAAAGACCUGCAGAAACCAGUUUAGUCUCAGACAUCUGUGUGUUCAGACUGGUGCAAACCAGGAUGAAGACCAACGUAUUUGCUUUUCUGUGGUUUAAAUGUAAACUGUCAGUGAAUUUACCAUCAAAACUCUGAUUCGCUG